AAUUGAAUAUUCUUGCUCACUUUUCUUGGAAGCAAUCUUGUGUAUUCGUAUCGCGCACCUUCCUCUUUUUAAAAAUUCGAACUAAAAAGUUGAAGGAAAAAAUUUACUGUACUGUUCGAUAUGGUACGUACCGGUACGAGUACGACAGCUAGAAGAAACCAUGAACCAAAGGACCAUGUUAUCAUUGUUCAGCACAAGGAGCAGGGAUACAAUAGUACGUGCAGUACGGUUUCCAACCCGCUCAGUUGCUACUACUGGGUUACUCUUCUCGCGAUUGGCUUCAACUACGCACCGAGAUCACGAACAACACAAAUGUUGUUGCAACACCGUCAGCCCCAAGUGGAAGGAAGAAGCACAGCUACUAGAUUUGUAGUUUAUUUCCUUACGGCAUGCAGCGCCGGCCUGUUGUUCAAUAGCUGGCGGUUGGAAAGGUUUCGCAUCGAAUCAUUGGUUCGCAAUGCCGCUAGCAAAAUCUCGAGUAGUCGCGCUUUGCCGGAAGAAAAUCACAACCAAGACAUAGUUGGCGGUGAAGUGGGAGGUGGAAAUGGUUCAGAAUUGUAUGUUCCCUCAUUGGACUACCGAAUCAAAGGCAUUUCUCAAUAUAGUAGCAAACUUUCGAAAGAGAUCAACUUUGAUGCACACGUGUAUUGCAAAGAAUUCGAAAAUGAUCUUAUUUGGGAAUGGUGGCAACCAUCGAAAGAGAACGCGAAGCCAGAACAGAUCCGACACCUCCGGAAGGAAGACAAAAAACACGUCGAAAAGACGACCAAAAAGCGUAACACUCGAAAGCGACUACUUAUAGGGGUUUCAGGUGGAUACGACAAGUAUUCGAAGUUGCUGGAACGCGCAGUGUGGAGCGCUCGUGUUUAUGCAGCUUUGUGGUCGGGAGGUUCAAGCAAAAAAAAUAAUAGUGACAUUGUGAGGGAUACAGAUGUUACUGUGGUGACGCUGCAGGGAACAGCAUUUUCUCCACACGGAUGCAAAGCUCCCUCAGCGCACUCGAGCAUUAACAAAAUACGACUUCUGUUCGAAGCAAUUGACGCUGGAAAUCAAUAUGACCAAAUGCUGUUGUUGGACCCCGAUACGAUGAUUUACGACAUGGAAACGGACCUGACCACACUAAUUGGCGACAAAGAAGACUUCGUGGUUGCAGGACCUGCGAUUCUAACAGAAGAGGGAAAAAAAGACAAGUACAUGCCAUGGAAAAUCACUUCGGGAAUUACGUUGUGGAACUUAGAGCACCCUUCGACAAAGGCCGUGGCCUUGGAUUGGUUUCGUUAUGCCAAAAAUGCGAUCAUCCGGGAAACGUAUCAAAGCGAUCAAAAAUACCUGCUCAAGGCAUUAAAAAAUUACUACAAUACCAACAGCAAAGGUGUUGUAGCCAGGAGCAGCGACAGGGAGGGCAUUGUGAAGUCAUUGAUGAACCACCAAUUUGAUGACGGCAUUGGGGGGAGAUUUGUCAAGCAAUUUCGAGUUCAGAAGAAGGCCAAAAAUCCUCACGACAAGCAAGUGGAGGCGCGAUUAGCACGGAUGGAAGAAACGGCUGGACUGAUCUGUGAGCACUAUCCAGAUGCCUGUGAUCGAGUGGGCAAACCACCCCGGUACGAAUCGUCCUAGAAGUCCCCUUGCGGCUUGCGGAAGCACUGUCUCGUGUCAACACCAAUGCGGUGUUGGCUCGUACGACCCAUGGCAGGUAUACAAAACCUGCUGCAAAUCAUGCCCCGACGUGAACCGAGAAAGGUAUCCACGUGCUUCCUAGUGUAUCUAGAGCACUUUAGAUCACGUCAUAUCAGGCAAGAGCAUUAGAUUUCUCGAGAAUGUUUCCCCGGCAACCAAAUGCGACCGAAAGCAAUCCACCUAUUUCAAUGGUUGGUUCAAUUUACAUUCUGCUUAAAAUUACCCCGAAACUCUGCAGUCGAGUGGCUAUCAAUUUUUGCUUACGAGAAAGCUCUACUUCUAACAGAAAUCCAGUGCAUGGGUUCGAUCAAUACAAAAUUUGUAGGCAAACCUCGCCUUUCUUGUGCUAUUAGUUGUAAAGAAAUUAAAACAUAUACAAUUUG